GCAACGGACAGUGUCGUAUAUAGCUAUAGUCUUGGCAUAUACGUAAUACGUUUGUAAUUCUUGGCUGCAGCAGUGAAUCUUUUUUUAUCAAGACUCAACAUGAAGGCUUUCGUAGCUAUCGCAGCGAUCCUCGUCGCCGGCGCCUCGGCCCAAGAAGCGUUCAAGUGCCCGCACGACUACGGCUUCUACCCCCAUCACCUGAGCUGCGACAAGUACUGGAAGUGCGAGAACAACCAGGCCGAGCUCAAGACCUGCGGCAACGGACUGGCCUUCGACGCUUCGGACAGCAAAUUCCUCACGGAGAACUGCGACUACCUGCACAACGUCGACUGCGGCGAGCGCACCCAGCUGGAGCCCGCGAUUAGCACGCCCCACUGCGCCCGCCUCUACGGCAUCUUCGCCGACGAGAAGCACUGCGACACCUUCUGGAACUGCUGGAACGGCGAGGCCUCCAGGUACCAGUGCAGCCCCGGACUGGCCUACGACAGGGAGGCCCGCGUCUGCAUGUGGGCCGACCAGGUCCAGGAGUGCAAGAUCGAGGAGGUCGCCAACGGCUUCGUCUGCCCGGCCGCCGGUGAGGUCAGCGGAUCCGCCGGAAGCUUCUCGCGCCACGCCCACCCCGACGACUGCAGAAAGUACUACAUCUGCUUGGAGGGCAUCGCCCGCGAGUACGGCUGCCCCAUCGGAACUGUCUUCAAGAUCGGUGAUGCCGACGGUAGCGGCGCUUGCUCCGACCCCGAAGAUGUUCCCGGAUGCGAGGACUACUACGGCGACUUGGACUUGAAGAGCAUCAGAAAGAGCGAGCUCCUCUCCGGACUCCAGGGUGGUAGGGACUCUGGCGAAUCGAGAAACGUCCCCGCCAAAAACCUCAAGCCAAGGCCAAAUGUGCCCCAGGCCGCCAGACCCGGUGACCAAUAAGUCCUCUUCCGUCGAACCCCUCGAGAAGAGAACUGAAGCAGCAGCAGCAGCAGCAGCGGUAGCCGCGGCCGCAGUGGCACAGCCGAGCGAAAAUGUUUUUAAGCCGACGAGCAGACUACGUUUCUUGCUUUAGCCCUGUAUUAUACGCGAGGGUACUAUGACUUCUCAUCCCCGAUGAAAAUCGACGUGUUUUGUAUUUUUUUUUGUUUUUUUUUUGUAUAAUUUUUACCCACUUACUUUUUCGUGGAAGCAAUUUUUAGUACUCUCGGCUCUGAGGGACACGUAGUUCCCGUACGGAAGCCCGUAAAAACAUUUUCGUCUUCGGGGCCCGGCCAGCGCGCAGCGGCACCAGUACCAUGAAAACAAACAAAAAACAUACAUUAUAUUGUAGUUAUAUGCAACGAUUGCGGACAUUUGACUGCCAUGUGUUACAUACAAGCCACAUUCGUAGCGAGAGAGAGACCAGGGUAUCUAGUCUCGUCGACGCCCACGGCGAUCUUAUCCUCCUGCAAAACUUAAACCCUCCCCCCACCCCCCAGGCCUUUCUCCUUCUCUUCUUACUUCUUCGCUUCCUCCUCCCCCUCCUUCCUUCUCCCUUCGUCCGAGUCUUUCUCUACACACUUCUCUCUCUGUGAUUGAAAAAAAAAUCCACCAACUUACUUUACGAGGUAUGGAGCUUGGUGAAUUUUUUUUUCAAUUCUUCCCUCCUUCCUAUUUUUUCCUGUGUAUUCGGAGACGCGUCACAUCGAACUACUUACGCACGAGCUGCAAAAAACGCACGAGGAAUCUGAUGAAAAAAGGAAAAAGAAAACCCUUACGGAAUCGAUGCCGCAUUGUACCCGAGUAAUAAUAAUUUUCAUGUCAACGCGCGGCACGCAAAAAGUAAAGCAAAGCAAAAAAAAAUAAACCAACUCUACAACGCGCCGACUGUGUACCUAUAUAUUACUUACUUAUUACUUACUUUAUACAUAUGCAUAUAUUUUUAUUUUAUAUUUAUAUACGUGUACUUGAUUUGUAUUCCUACUACUUCCUCUGAAAAUAUCGGAUAACUGUAUGCGCAACGCUCGGAAAAGCAGUACGUUCGAAGGCUGAGAACUUUUUUUUAUUGAUUUAUUUUUAAUACUCGAUAACUUGUAUUAUUUUUAAUGAAUUUUUGUAUUCUUACUUGUAUUUUUGCUAAUUAUCGUCAAUGCGAAACUAGUAAAUUGUUGACGAUUUUUGUACAAAAAAACUACAACAACAACACGCUCUAUUAUCUAUUUUCCCCCUCACCCUCUCUUUUGUUCUAUCUUGUAAUUACAAUUUUUUUCUGUUAUUGCGAUGUGCAAUGCUAUUUAUUGUGCGAAAAAAACAAACAAACAAAAAACGAAUGAUCAUCAGAGCGAGAAAGUCUCUCGAGAAAUCGAUCGGUUCAAUAGAAACAAAAAUAUCUUAUUUUUCAAAUGAAAACUCAUGUUUAUAUUUAUACUUGACAGGAAAUUCGUACAGCUAUUAUAAGAUAAAGACGGAAAAUAAA